UUUCUAUUUCCCCUUUUUGCUGUCGUGCAUGAGCGUGUGGUGUUUAAUGUGAGAUAAGCUUGACUUCUGUUCUUCCUCCAAAUGUUGAAAUAAUAUUUCAGUCCACAGCUGCAGGUGAAUGCCACAUUGUGACGGUUCAGACGACAGACUGAUCAUCAUUUCAUGAGCUUCUCUGAGUUGUCUCCGUCAUGGAGGCGACAGGGAAAUACGACUUUGCAGCCACAGCAGAGGAUGAGCUGAGCUUCAGGAAGGGAGAUAUUAUCAAGAUUUUAGGCACCAAUGACGACUGGUUCAAAGCAGAAAUCAACGGCAUGGAAGGAUUCGUGCCGCGGAAUUACAUCAACAGCCACUUCCCCAGCUGGUAUCAGGAGAACACCAGCCGUCAUUCUGCACAGGAUGAGCUGAUGUGUCAACCAAUCGGAUCGUUCAUCAUCCGAGGCUCCCAGAGUUCACCUGGAGAAUUCUCCAUAUCAGUCAGACAUGAGAAUGAUGUGCAGCACUUUAAAGUGAUGAGAGACAAGCAGGGUCAGUAUUACCUCUGGAGCGAGACCUUCACCUCCCUCAACAGACUGGUGGAUUACUACACACACAACUCCAUCUCCAAACAGAGUCGCGUCUUCCUGCUCACAGAACAGCGGAAUCCACCUGAUUUCCUGCACAGGAAGUCUGUUGAACCGCCGCCCAUCUCUCAGGAGAGACACAACUACAGAUCACCAGCACCACCGUUUCCUCGCCCACCCGAGCCCUCACCCCCGCCACAGGCGUCUGCGCUGCAGGUUCGGGCCAUGUAUGACUUCAAUGCAGAGGACGCAGAUGAGCUGAACUUUCACGCUGGAGAUAUUAUCGAGGUUUUAGAUCAGUCCGAUCGUUUCUGGUGGAAAGGUCUUUUGCGUGGGAGAACCGGACUUUUCCCCGUCAACUACACCAAUCCGGUUUGAAAAUCCAUUACACAGACGUUCAGUUUAUAAUCCAUUUAUCCUUCGGUUCUUUGAGUCUUUAUGUUACAUUAUAAUGAUUUGUCCAUAAAGAAUACAUUACCAGUUCUGCAUUUAAGAAACACAUUUUCAUCUUGUCAUGAACACACACACACACACACACACACACACACACACACACACACACACACACACACACACACACAUCUGUAAAGCUGAGCUCUUCCUGUACAGAGAUUUGGAAAAAUUGUAUGAUCCGUUUCACAAACAAGUUUAUGAAUCCUUCAGAAUUGUUAUGUUCCUCUGCAUAUGGACUGCAUGAAAAAUUCCUGAGAUGUAAACUUCAUCCAAGUAAUAAAUACAUUCGUAUUUAAUAACACA